UUUCUAAUAUUCUAUUCUCCGAAAAAUGGAGUUCAAAUUUGUUCACUCACUUCACUGUAAAGAAGGAGCUAUACGAGUUGUACGAUUCAAUACUGAUGGAGCAUAUUGUAUAACGGGUAGUUCUGAUAGAAGACUAAGAUUAUGGAAUCCUCAUAGAAAUGCAUUAUUAAAAACCUACAGUGGUCAUGGUGGUGAGGUUAUGGAUGCCAGUGCAUCCUGUGACAGCAGUCAAAUUAUUUCAUGCGGUUUAGACAAAUCAGUUAUAUUAUGGGACGUAGCUACAGGUAAUCCAGUUAGAAGAUUUCGUGGACAUUCAGGUGGAGUUAUGACUGUAUGUUUUAAUGAAGAAUCAUCAAUGGCAAUAUCUGGAUCUCGAGAUAAUUCAGUCAAAUGUUGGGAUAUUCGAUCUAAAAAUCAAGAACCUGUUCAGACAUUAAAUGAAGCAAAAGAUGCUAUUUCCAGUAUCAAAGUGAGCGAUCAUGAAAUUAUUUCUGCUUCAUUUGACUGUAGAAUUAGAAGAUAUGACAUUAGAGCUGGAGAAGUUACAUCUGAUUGUCUUGGGGAAGCUAUUACUUGCGUUAGUUUUACACGAGAUGGUCAGUGUACUCUUGCCAGUUGUGCAGAUGGAGUAAUCAGACUUCUUGAUAAAGACACUGGUGAAUUGUUAAAUGAAUUUAAAGGACAUACAGUUGAUGACCUGUGCUUAGAAUCUAGUGUUGAUUAUAAUGAUAGCAAAGUUUUAUCUGGAUCUGCUGAUGGUAAAUUAUGGGUAUGGGAUUUAACGAAUCAAAAAGUUUUAGCUAAACUUUCUGGAGAUGAAAAAACCAAAUAUCCAACAGUAUCUUUAAGUGUUCAUCCUCAGGAAAAUUCUAUCCUUGCCACCAAUGGUACUAACGUUUUUAUGUGGAAUGUACAAACUGAAUAAUUUUUGAUAAUGUAAUAUGUAAUUUAAUUAAUAUUAAUGACAUUUUUAUACUGAAUGAUAAUUAUUUAAGACAGU